AUAAAUUAUGAAUAGACACGUCCACAUUUUGCCAGGGAUAUGAAGUCAACAGUCAACGUCAUUUUAAUAUCUAGUAAAUUGUGAUUUCAUCAAAAUAAUUAAGCAUUUAAACUAAAUUUGUAAAAAAAAACAAUAAAAAUCAUUAUUGUAUUAUUCCAUUGUAGAACGAUAAAAUAAUAUUUACCGUCAUAUUAUUAUCAUUCUAUGAUACAAGUGUCAAAACUAAAGUAGCCUUGUUGUCUCCACUUUAGAAUGCGAUGCUUCCUCGUCGUCGAAAUAUUGGUGGGUCAGAGCGGCCACCUCAAUUACCAGAAGUAAUACCAUAUAAUAAAUUAGAUAAAAAAGGAUUUCACGUCCCACCUACCGCUUCCGCAAACCAUAAAAAUCCAUCUGUGGACGGAUUUGAUCAGCAAGAUUUUGUGUUUGAUUUCUUAGAGGAAUUUGUGUUCGAACCAGUUAUGUCUGCAAGAGAUAGGACGCAGGAGUUUGCCUCAGCAGUUCGCAGUCUUCAAGGAAGAACACUAGCAAGGCCUAUCAUUAAGGAUGAACGAAAAGCUGCAGUACUCGCUACUUACUCUCAAUUUAUGAGCAUGGCGAAAGUUAUAAGUAAAAAUAUAACAAGUACAUAUGCGAAAUUGGAGAAACUAGCCUUACUUGCCAAGAAAAAGUCAUUAUUUGAUGAUCGACCUAUGGAAAUACAAGAAUUGACAUACAUAAUUAAAGGAGACCUGAACGCAUUAAAUCAACAAAUUGCAAGAUUGGGUGAAAUGCCUAGAGGCCGUAAAAGUAUGCAUAGCCACUCUUCCAGUGUGGUAUUAGCACUGCAGUCCCGACUUGCGUCCAUGAGUAAUCAAUUCAAACAGGUUCUUGAAGUCAGGUCAGAAAACCUAAAGCAUCAAAAUAGUAGACGUGAACAGUUUUCAAAUUCAUCACCCAUUGUGAGGGAAGUACCUUCUCUUCUACAACCUGAUGAAGUUAGUAUUGAUUUGGGAGAAGCUAUGCCAUUGCAAACCCAACAAAUGGCAUUACGAGAUGACACUGACACAUAUGUGCAACAGAGAGCAGAGACCAUGCACAACAUAGAGAGUACAAUUGUGGAACUGGGUGGUAUAUUUCAACAGCUAGCACACAUGGUGAAAGAGCAGGAUGAAGCAAUAGGUAGAAUUGAUACUAAUAUUCAAGAAGCUGAAAUGAAUGUUGAAGCUGGUCAUCGGGAAAUAAUGAAAUAUUUCCAAAGUGUAACUGGUAAUAGAGCAUUGAUGUUUAAAGUAUUUGGGGUGUUAAUUUUCUUCUUUAUAUUCUUUGUUGUAUUUAUGGCUUAAUUAUAAAUUGUGCCUAGUUAAAAAAUGUACAGUGGGAUAAUCAAGGGAAAAAAUCAAUAAUGAAUAA